AUGGCUAGCGUGGCAGCAGCUUUAGCUCGGAGGAAGGCUCAUGAGGACGACGGCGCCGGUAGCCGGUCCAACGCUGUCCCUUUCAACCAGCAGGACUUUGAGAGUCUGCGUAGAGAGUGUCUGCAGAAUGGCUCGAUGUUCUGCGACCCGACCUUCCCCCCAACCUGGGACUCUCUGGGUUACAACCAGCUGGGACGCUACUCCUCCAAAACCAUCGGCGUGGAGUGGAAACGGCCUGGGGAGCUGUGUUAUGAUCCUCAGUUCAUCGUAGACGGAGCGAAUAGAACCGACAUCUGUCAGGGAGUGCUAGGUGACUGCUGGUUAUUGGCUGCCAUCUCCUCUCUGACCCUUGACCCUCAGAUCCUGAGUCGAGUCGUUCCUUCAGGUCAAAGCUUCACCUCUCAGUACGCUGGCAUCUUCCACUUCCAGCUGUGGCAGUACGGGGAGUGGGUCGACGUGGUCGUUGACGACCGUCUGCCGACCAGAGACGGGAAGCUGCUGUUUGUUCAUUCAGAGGAGGGUCGAGAGUUCUGGAGCGCUCUGCUGGAGAAAGCCUACGCCAAAGUGAACAGCUCAUACGAAGCUCUGACCGGAGGUUCCAGCAUCGAGGGGUUUGAGGAUUUCACCGGAGGGAUCUCAGAGAGCUACGAGCUGAGAGCUGCUCCUCCCUUCCUGUUCCACAUCAUGAGGAAAGCUCUGAAGCUCGGCUCGCUGCUCGGCUGCUCCAUCGACAUUUCGAGCUCGAGGGAGACGGAGAACAUCACCAGCCAGAAGCUGGUCAAAGGUCACGCCUACUCCAUCACUGCAGCCCGGCAGGUGCAGCACUUUGGUUCUCCGGUGGAGCUUCUGAGGAUCAGGAACCCUUGGGGUCAGGUGGAGUGGACCGGAGCCUGGAGCGACGGGUCUAGAGAGUGGGACGGUGUGGAUCCGGAGGAGAAGCAGCAGCUGGAUCACCGCGCUGAGGACGGAGAGUUCUGGAUGUCCUACUCCGACUUCCUGCGGCAGUUUUCCCGCCUCGACAUCUGCAACCUGACGCCCGACAAGCUGAGCAGCGACGAGGUCGGCCGCUGGAGCUGCAGCGAGUUCGAAGGCUUGUGGAGGGUCGGCGCCACCGCUGGCGGCUGCAGGAACUACGCAGCCACGUUCUGCUCAAACCCUCAGUUCUUUAUCCGUCUCGACGACGUUGACGACGAUCCUCACGACGGAGAGGACGGCUGCACCGUUCUGAUUGGUCUGAUGCAGAAAGACGCUCGCAGGGAGAGACGUUUCGGACGAGACCUAAACACCAUCGGGUUUGCUAUCUACGAGGUUCCAGAUGAGUAUAAGGGCCGCAGUAACGUGCACCUGGGGCCGGACGUCCUGCUGAGGAGCAACGCUGUCGCUCGCAGUCAGAGUUUCAUUAAUCUGAGAGAAGUUUGCCAACGCUUCAAACUUCCUGCCGGAGAGUUCGUCAUCGUUCCUUCAACCUUCGAACCGCAUCGCAAAGGAAGCUUCAUCCUCCGAGUGUUCACCGAGAAAGAAGCUACCGCCAGUCCGAUGGAGGAAGACGUGAACGCCGACAUCCACGAGCCUGAAGUCGGACACAACGACGUCGAUCCUCACUUCAAACGUCUCUUUGUUCACAUCGCUGGAAACGACUCUGAGAUUUCGGCUCCGGAGCUCCAACAGAUCUUGGACAGAGUGAUCUCUCAGAGAUCUGAUGUUAAAACUGAAGGUUUUAGUCUACAGACCUGCCGCAACAUCAUCAGCCUGAUGGACAUGGACAGCAGCUCUAAACUGGGUUUGGUGGAGUUUCACGCCGUGUGGACAAAGAUUCAGAGAUACCUGGAGAUCUUUAAGAGUCACGACUCAGACGGUUCUGGUACGAUGAGCAGCCACGAGAUGAGAGCAGCUCUGAGUGAAGCCGGGUUCCAGGUGAACUCGGUGGUUCUCCAGGAGAUCGUCGGUCGAUACGCUGACGAUAGUUACGCCAUCGACUUCGACUGUUUCAUCGGCUGCUUGAUCCGUCUGGAGAUGCUCUUCAGAAUGUUUCACACUCUGGAUCCGAAGCAGCGUGGGACCAUCCAGCUGGACCUGCAGCAGUGGCUCUGCCUCGCCAUCAACUGA